AUGGCAAAGGCAAGAUGUUUUGUGCAAGAGAGGAUGGCUUUAUCAAAAUAUGAUUCUACUCGGGGAACAACAAAUCUUGCUCGAAUUGCCCGAGCUAUCUUAGGUCCCUGCACUGAUGUACUACGCGAUGUUCUCACAAAAGAGAUUACUCCACAAGACAUGAAAAAGGAACUUAAUAAAUAUCCAAACAAAUAUCGAAUCAGUAAACAUCAAAAACAGGUUGUCAAUAACGGAGAUUACUCGAAAUUUGACAUUUCAUUGCUUUACAUGUUUUUAAGAAACCUGGGUUCAAUUCCUGAACAUAAAAACAAAUGGGGAACAGAUCCAGAUCCAUAUGAUAAAAGCGUGUCGGCAAACAUAGAACGAAUAAGGAAUUUAAGAAACGAGUGGGGACAUUUUACAGAUUUAUCUCUUUCGGACUCAGAUUUUGAACAACAUUGGAAAAUUAUUUUUCAAACUGUAAAGGAUCUUGAGGGUUACCUUGGAGCAACAACCGUGUACCAGGACGCCCUGAACAACUUGAAGACUUGUUGUAUGGACCCGAACUCAAUACAGGCCUACAUAAAAAAAUUGUUCUGGGUUGAACAAUUAGUAACAGAUCUUACAGAUUUGAAAGGUAAAAUAUCGGAUAGUUAAAAAAUAAAGAAUCAACAAAUUUUGCAAAUAUGUUAUAUAAUUCUCUUUUGUGAUUUCAGUAAUUUUAAAUUGUCUAUUUGCAUUACUUAAAUGAUAUAAACCGCCAAAUGCAUUAGUUUUUUUUUCAAUGGGUAUAUGUUUGUAGGUAUGUCUUAAAAUCCAACAUUGUUAAGGUUUUUUUGUGGUAGCACCGACCAGAAAGUACGGGAAAUGUUAACUAUGACAUCACAUAAAACAACAAGUCAUAUAAAAUGCUAAAAAAUGAUAUAAUUUUCUAUUGUUAUUGG